GCUGCCGCUACUUACCGCUCCUUGCUGGAGCGAGCUUCCACUUAACUCCGGUCUCGGUCCCCGUGCGCCAUGUACCUCCUCGGCGGGCUAAUCGCCCCGCCGCUGCUGCUGCUGCCGCUGCUGCUGCUGUGUCCGCCUGCGGCGCAGGGUGACUGCAGCUUUCCCCCAGAGGUACCUAAUGCCAUACAAACUGUGGGUGACCUCCAGAGUUUUCCUGAAAGAACCACAGUAACAUACAAAUGUAAAGAAGGCUUUGUAAAGGUUCCUGGCAAGGCAGACUCCGUGGUCUGUCUCAACAAUAAAUGGUCAGAGGUGGCAGAAUUUUGUAACCGUAGCUGUGACGUUCCAACCAGGCUACAAUUUGCAUCUCUCAAAAAGUCUUUCACCAAACAGAAUUAUUUCCCAGUGGGUUCCAUUGUGGAAUAUGAAUGCCGACCUGGCUACCAAAGGGACCAUCUUCUCUCAGGAAAACUAACUUGCCUUCCGAAUUUUACAUGGUCCAAACCCGAUGAAUUUUGUAAAAGAAAAUCAUGUCCUAAUCCUGGAGAUUUAAGACAUGGUCAUGUCAGCAUUCCAACUGACAUAUUGUAUGCCGCAGUUAUCCAAUUCUCGUGUAACAAGGGGUACAGGUUAGUCGGUGCAGCUUCUAGUUACUGUUCCAUUGUAGAUGACGAUGUUGGAUGGAGUGAUCCAUUACCUGAAUGCCAAGAAAUUUUUUGUCCGGAACCACCAAAAAUUAGCAACGGAGUCAUUCUAGAUCCACAGAACACUUAUGUGUAUCAACAGGCUGUAAAAUAUGCAUGUAUAAAAGGCUUCACCCUGAUCGGAGAGGACUCUAUUUAUUGUACUGUUAAAGGUGACCAAGGAGAAUGGAGUGGCCCACUGCCUGAAUGCAAAGGUUCUCAGAUUUCUGCAGUCAUACCAGCAUCAGAGACACCCACCACAGUAAAUGCAUCAGCUACAAAGCCCACAUCAACUCCUCAGAAACCCACCACUGCAAAUGUUACAGGUACCAAAGUUACAUCAGCUCCUCAGAAACCCAGCACAGGGAAUGUUCCAGGUACCAAAGCUACAUCAACUCCUCAGAAACCCACUACAGCGGAUGUUUCAGCAAAACAGAAUUCAGCUACUCCCAGGACAACCAGCGCACCUCACGGAAGAGGGACCUUCUCUUCAGAUGCUGCCAUCAUUGCAGUUGGACACACAUGUAUAAUACUGACAGUCUUGUUUAUGAUGCUAGUAACCAUUGGCUAGCCAAUUUAGCCGAAGAAGAAUUAAGAAGAAAAUGCACACCAGUAUGCAGAAUAUUUCUAGUUUCUUAGACCUUUCUGGAGGAGUGGACAAAAUAAAUGUAAUAGUGCUCUUCAUUUCGCAUGUUAUCAUUGUCCUUAAGGUGCAUAGGAAAACCAAAGAAGCAAGGAGAAGCGAAUCUGUCCUGGGACACUCCCAAACCUCUUGAAAAUAGAAGAACUUGCAAGAUUUAGAGUGAUUACUUUCCUCAAAGUUUAGGAAACCAUAGAGGUUUGUUUGUACUUAGAACGUGAGCAUGAAGAAAAGGAAAUGCGUCAUUUUUUUUCACUAGAUAUGUAGUGUUAUUUUUGUUUACAAAGAAAAUUAAAAACUAAAAACAGUAAUUGGAUAUUGGAAAGAAACAAAAAACCUAGCCUCUUCUGAGCAAACCUGCUGAAGAGAGAUGAACUGUAUUAUAAAAUAACUCUUGAUUGUAAGGCAUUUUCUUCUUUUCUCAUUCCAUUAAAAUGAGUCUGAACGGGUUAGGAAAUAUUUUAAAGGGAAAACAUGCUUAUGAUGUGAGAAUGUUGAUUUUUUUGGGUUCGUUGGUGGCAAAGGAGGAAUACAGAAUGAAGGAAUAACUCUUUCUUUGUCCCACAAAUAUAGGUAUCCAGUUAGGACUUAGCCUCUCACUUGUAAGUAAGAUGGAUUGGCUAUAAUUUUGUUUAAGGACAAUUUUUUUUUUUUUCUCUUGGAGAAGAAACCCUAUGAAAGGGUGAAAGGUGUCUCCAUUAACUUAAUAUCUCUAAAAGUAUCCAGCGAUAUUAUAUUAACAUAAGAAAAGAGUCUAUAUUUCUGAAGUGAGAUGUUCAUAACCAAAUUGUAAAUCUUAUUCUUUUGUAAUACUGAGAUUAAUUUAUUUAUAUUUAUUUAUGUCAGUGAAUGCAUUGGUUUUACAUGUAUAGCAAGACAAGUUCAAGAAGAUAUGUAAAGAAAAAUUGAUUUUCCCUAAAUAGAAAUAAAUAAUUGAU